CAGCUGGUUGUGCUAGCCACUGCUCUCGGUACAGGCAGCCUAUGGCAGCCUCAUAAAGAAUCAAAGUGUACGUAGUAGCAUUAGUAGCGUGUUAGGGGCAACGAUGGACGACAAAUUUUCUCCCUACAGUGAUAGCUAUGACACACCUGACUUCGUAUUUGAUUACACCUCAGCGUUUGAUUAUUCUUCUAUUCAUCACAUGACGGCGCUGAAGAAACCCGAGAAAUACAUGACAAUAUUUAACUAUAACAAGCGCCAGGUUGUUGUGGAUUUGUCAGAAUGCGAGCCAGAACCGUGGCAGUCGACUGUUAUUAGAACGAUCGUGACGUUCUUCUGCUACCUCUUCCUCGUUUUCACAUUUCCAGUGACGUGCUGGGUCUGCAUAAAGAGAGUGCCGUCCCUGGAAAGAAUCGCCGUCUUUCGUUUGGGGAAGCUGCAGCCAGUUCAGGGUCCAGGCCUUGUGUUGGUGUUCCCGGUCAUUGACUCUUACAUGAAAGUUGACCUGAAGCCCAAGGUCUUUGAGGUGCCCGCACGUGAGGUUCUGACUGGUGAUGGAGCAAUCAUCGAGGUGGGAGCCGAGUUGCAUUGGCAGGUGGUUCACAGUGUCCGUUAUGUCACACGAGUGAAAGAGGUUGAUGCUACAGUGGGAGCACUCUGCCAGCAGUGCUUGGCAUCUCUGUUGGGCUGCAGUGACCAGGAUGACUUAGAUCGGCGUCGUGAGGCCAUUGAGGCCACACUUCUGACCAAGCUGAAUGAAACAAUCCUUCCAUGGGGGCUGGAGGUCAUCAAGGUUACUCUCAAAGUGACCCGUGUGGUGAAAACAGCUGAGCCAAGCAAUCCGCUGACUCCUGUAAUGUCUGCCAUAAAGAGUGUCCUUGGUUUUCCCUCGGAACAUGCCAAAACCCAAGCAUCAGUUCCACCUGGUCCUGGAGGCCUACAUGCUGUGCCAGCAAGCCCAAGUGAGCCACAGUUCGAGCAGCUGGUGCAGGUACUACACCAGCUGGCCCUGUUUGCUGCCCAGCAAAAUGAGUUUCAGGGUGUCUGUGCUACGUACACUCUCCAGAUCCAUGCUGACACCAAGGAUGGCAUCACAGUUCAUGUUUGCUUUGACCAAGGUAGUGUGGAGCUGGUUCGUGGCAGUGACCUGGGAAACAGAAGGAAUGCUGAUGUGACGCUGCGCCUCUCUGCUGAUGAUCUGACCCUGAUCCUAUGCGGGAAGGAGUCUCCCAUGCAGGUGUACAUGGGUGGCCGCAUUCAAGUCCAAGGCGAUUGGUCUUGCCUGCGUCGUUUCAUGGGCGUAAUUGACAAAUGCUCUACCGGCUAGAAGUUGCUUGUUUUUUCCAGGUCAAACCAUUCAAUUUACACAUUGUAGCUUUUGCAAUCUAAUAUUUAACAGUAAUGUGAGCUGUAUGCUUAAAAGCAUCAUUGUGCUUACACUUUGCCUGCUGAUUUGCUGUACGGUUUGUUACAAGCACAUAAUAUAGCAAUGCUGAACUAUGAGGACAAAAUAUUGUGAAGUAGCUCCAAAUUAUUUCAUCCUUGGUCUCUAUGAAGAAACUUAUCUGAUAGUAGUGUAACGUAGAGGAGUAGAGCUUGCUUCAACAAUGCGUAAAUCACAAUGUUGUAGUCAUUGGUGCACUUGUCAGCACAUGUUAUAUAUCUAUGCAGCACAGCUUUUUUUUUUAUGUAGUGGACUCCCUUUAAAACAAUUGCUUAAGAAACACUCAAGAUUAAUUUGUCUUAUCAGACAUGUAUCUGAACAGUAAAGCGCCAAGUUUAUGCUACACACAACAAGGUGCCAAAAAUUUAUUAGCUUAUCAGAAAAUUGAUCUAAACAGAGGUGGUCUUAAAAGCUGUUUACUGUGUUAUAAACUUACACAGUCGAGCGCCUUUACAACUAAUGCUUCUACAACUAAAUAACCUGUAUAACAAAGGUAUAAUUGUGUCCCAAUUCUAUUGUAAGCAGUGUGGUGCGCGACCUUUAUACCGAAGUGACCUGUGUAACGAACGAUUUCGGAGGCCCCAAGUACUUAAUUAUAAAGGCAUUCAACUGCAGCAUUGCACUUGACAGAAGAUUGAUGUCAUUGUAUGCUUCCCUUCAAAACCUGUGAUUUGCAGAGAUUUAUUAACGUGGAAAAAAAAAGCAAGAGCUCUUUAUCGGUCAAAAUCUUUUCCAUGUUGCCAAACACUUGUAGCGCGAGCAUACUUAAGCAGAUCAGUGGUGUCAUUCUCAGACAUGCAUUGUGUGCUAGUCAUCUUGAUGGCUUUAUUUUGUGUCAUGAUUUCUGAAAUUUAGAUAAAAUGUGAUCUGAAAUACUAGCAUUUGUAGUGAUAAACACAUUCCAUUCUUGGUUGUGUGAGCACACACCCAAAGUUCACCCUCGCUCUAACAGUGCUCUGAGUCAUAUACCUAGUCACUGCUUGAACAGUAUUGGAAAUGUUAAUUUCAAGAAGAAUAUGCUUCCCAUUUUAAGUUGUGUACAUCUUAAUGUCAGUGGUGUUCUCUUUUUUUUUUUGAAAGUUUGUUAUAAAGCUUUUACAGUGCUUACAUUGUGAAGAGUGCAGGCAUUUUAAGGUUUAACACCUCAUUCUUCAUUCACAUUUCAGCAUCUUCCAUCAAUAACAUUUCAAAUGUAUCUUCUUGUGUUUACCAUGUUGGAUCAUAAGUACAGUAUUGUCUGAGAACCACUACCAACAAGCAAAAAGUUAUUUCUGACUUGGGAUAGAGCAUGGUCAAAGCUGUGUGCAAACCAUUCGUUUUCGUAUUUAUUUAUUAUUUAUUUUUUAAACAUGUAUAAUCUUGCUUUAUAUUAUAACAAUAUUCUGAGCAAUAUUGAAGAUUUUUGUGAGCAGCAACAAUUUCUUUAUAAAUGUGUAGCAGUAUGGUAGAUUUAAAAAAGUGCAGUGCUUACUUUUUCUUCUUGUUUUGGCAAUUGAAGUGCACUUAGAGAAGUACUGACAUGGUACUUGUGACUGUUCAUUUUUUUCAUUAAAUGAAGGUCCUGGACCUCUAAAUUCUAGAAAAAAUGCUGGAAAGCCUCAAAGCACUUUAAAUAAUAUAACAGCCAGUUUUGGUUUCGUUUCUAUUGUUCAUGACAUCACAAUGCAGAAGGGAGAAGACGUUGCGAGGUUUUGACACUCUUUAUCUGCUGUGUUGCUACGUCAGACCCCACAACGAGUAGCAGCAUAAGAGGCAACUGAGUAAACCAAAACAAGUGUCAAAAUGUCACAAUGUCCUGCACUUUUGUGACCGCAUUCUGCUUCAUGAAAUCACAACCCAGCAACUGCUUCAAAAAUGAAAACAAAACUGGCCGUGUAGCAAAGCUAUUACAUUAAAUUAUGUAAGAUACUCUGAGGCUUGUCAGUAUAUUUUCUAGGGCUUAGAGGUAUAUA